AUGGCCAUGGCGUCGCGGCACCAACAGUCGGCCGCCGCCGCCGCCGCCGCCGAGCCCCCGGUGACGGUCAGAGGAGACGCCGCGGACCCGUCCGCCUCUCGCCUCGCGCAGGCGGCUCGAGACGCAGAGUUCCGGCAGCUCUACCGCGAGGCGCCCGACUUCAAGGAGUUGAGUCGACGCGAUCCCGCCUUCGCCGCCGUCGCUCGAGGGCGCGAGCUGGACUUUGACGAUGCCGAGUCGGUCGUGCAGCUGACCAAGACGCUGCUCGCCCUCGACUUUGGCCUCCGCAUCGAGCUGCCGCGCGACAGGCUCUGCCCUCCCGUCCCCAACAGGCACAACUACGUCCUCUGGCUCAAGGGCUUGCUCGACACGUCCUCGUACGACGCGCCGGGCCGUCCGCUCGUCGGCGUCGACGUCGGCACCGGCGCGAGCUGCAUCUACCCUCUGCUGGCCUGCGCGCAGCGGCCGUGGUCCUUCAUCGCCACAGAGGUCGACGCCGAGAGCGCGAGGUGGGCGAGGCGCAACGUCGAGAGCAACGACCUCGCCGGCCGGAUCCGCGUCGUCGAGCGCGCCGCCGACGACGCCCUGCUCCCCCUCGACGACCUCGGCCUCGGCGCCGUCGACUUUUGCAUGACGAACCCGCCCUUUUACGCCUCCGAGGCGGCCAUGCGCGCGAGCGCCGAGAAAAAGGCCCGUCCGCCCCACGCCGUCUGCACCGGCGCGACGACGGAGAUGGUGACGGACGGCGGCGAGCUCGGCUUCGUCGGCCGCAUCCUCGACGAGUCCCUCGCCCUGCGCGGCCGCGUCCGCUGGUACAGCGCGAUGCUCGGCUUCCUCUCGAGCGCCGUCGACCUCGUCGCGAGGCUCGGCCGCGAGGGCGUCGCCAACUUUGCCGUCGCCGAGCUCGUCCAGGGGAGCAAGACGCGGCGGUGGGUCGUCGCCUGGAGCUUCGGGCCCAUGCGCCCGGCCCAGCACGUCGCCCGCGGCACCAAGGCCGGCUCGGCCAAGGGCGGCAGCAUCCUCCCGGCGGCGACGGAGUUCGAAACGACGGUGCCGACGCCGGCGAGCGUCGGCGCCUUUGCCCGACGGCUCCGCGACACCAUCGGCGCCCUGCAUCUCCUGUCGUGGCGGUGGGACGAGGAAGCGAUGCGAGGCCACGGCCGCGCCGUCGACAGGGUCUGGGCCCGCGCCUGGCGGCGCAAGAGGAAGCGCGAGACCGAGGGGGUGCCGGCGGGCGGCCGAGGGGAGGCGGCCGAGGAGGACGAGGCGAGGUGCAGCUUUGGAUUCAUGGUCGAGGUGCGCGUCGCCGUCGACGCCGUCGCCGUGCGCUGCCGGUGGGUCGAGGGCUUCGACGCCGUGACCUUUGAGAGCUUCCAGGGCUUCCUCAAGGCGUCGGUCGCUUCCGCCCUCGAAGCCGACGCACCGCGAACGAGGCGAGCCGAGACUUGA